UUUCCAAGCAAAACAAAAAGAACUUUAUGUAUUUGUAUUAAUGAUUUAUUAAUUACGUACGAUGACUUACAUUUCAACUCUACUAAAAUCGUUUUUUGAAGUGCACUAAUUCAAAUAUAAGAUAUAAAGAUAGUCGAAAAGAAAAACAAAAAAAAACAUAUAUCAAUAGUUAUUCUAUGAUAAAUUAAGUAAUAAAGAAAACACCUCAGUGUCAAAAUAAGGAAUCUGAAACAAGCGAAAAUUUGGAACGAUGUUGACUUUGCAAAAACUCAAAUGAACUUUUCACUUUUUUCUCUCUUAUUUUACCCUUUCUCCUUUCUCUCUCGAUUUCAGUUCAUCCAUUACGUGGAAGUUCAAUUGAUAUUCAUCCGAAUGCUCGAUGGCAACAAAAUGGUAUCACUGUAGCUGGAGGAAAUCAACAAGGCAAUGGAAUCAAUCAACUCUCAAACCCAUCGGGUUUGUAUGUUGAUGAUGAUCAAACAAUCUAUGUUGCUGAUCGAGCGAAUCACCGUAUUGUGGAAUGGAAACGAGGUACAACGAGUGGCCAAGUGGUUGCCGGUGGAAAUGGACCAGGAAGUGGAGAUCAUCAAUUGUCUAACCCAACAGAUGUGAUUAUCGACAAAGAGAGAGAUAGUCUCAUCAUAUGCGAUACUUCGAAUAGAAGAGUGGUUCGAUGGCCUCGUCGAAAUGGGAUAAGUGGAGAAACAAUCAUCUCCAACAUCUAUUGUUGGGGUUUGACAAUGGACGAGAAUGGAUCUCUCUAUGUCACUGAUGUUGGAAAAAAUGAAGUGAGACGAUAUCAAAGAGGAGAAUCUCAAGGAACAAUGGUUGCAGGUGGCAAUGGACGUGGAAAUCGUCUCGAUCAACUCUCUUACCCAACAUACGUAUUCGUCGAUCGAGAUCAUUCAGUGUAUGUAUCUGAUUGGAGAAAUGAUCGUGUGAUGAAAUGGAUGGAAGGUGCAAAACAAGGCAUUGUCGUGGCUGGUGGUCAAGGACAAGGAAAUGAUCUUACACAAUUGUUAUCUCCUCUAGGAGUCGUUGUCGAUCAAUUGGGCACUGUCUAUGUGGCUGAUGAAGGGAAUAAUCGAAUCAUGCGUUGGCCUAAAGGAGCCACCCAAGGAAGUGUCAUUGUUGGUGGAAACGGUAGUGGAGAACAAUCGAACCAACUCCAUUUGCCCGCCGGUUUGUCAUUCGAUCGACACGGGAAUCUCUAUGUCGUCGAUUGGGGAAAUCAUCGAGUCCAAAAAUUCGACCUUCAAUCCAAUCCAAAGUGAACCCAAAAACAUACAAAUAACAUUCUAAAAAUUUUCAUAAAUGCCUCACCCCAUUAAUUAAUUACUUAGUUAACUAAUUAAUUAAUUAACAAAAGUAAAAAUUAAUUAACAGUCUAUUCCAAUCACAUUGUAGACGAAUAAAUACAACUAACCUUAAUUCGAUACAAAAACACACAUUCUAUAGUAGGAAACCUUAAAAACACAUAAAAAGGGAAACAACGAAACACUAGGGAGACCUGGCUGACUUUCCUAAAAACGGAAACCUUGGAUUUUCCCUGACGAUUCCAAGGAUUCCAUCAGAGGAAACAAAGUGUGGCAUUUCGAAUAUUGUAGAUCAUGAUGACU